UACCAAUUUGCAUGCCUACAAAACCAACGUACAAUUAAAAGUACGACCAAAAAUGAUAAACUGACAGCUGAACAAAAAAAACUUAUUGAUGGUAUGAUAAGAGUUGAUCAAGCAGGAGAAAUAGGUGCAAAUUGGAUCUAUAAAGGUCAAAUGGCUAUUUUAGGUAGAGAUAAAAAAGUUGGUCCUGUGAUUCAAGAAAUGUGGGACCAAGAAAAACAUCAUCUUCAUACGUUCGAUGAAAUGAUCCCUCGCUAUAGGGUAAGGCCUACUUUGCUGCGUCCAGUUUGGGAAGCGGCGGGUUUUAUUCUUGGUGCCGGCACCGCACUUAUGGGUAAAGAGGCAGCUAUGGCGUGUACUGAAGCAGUUGAAACUGUAAUUGGAGAACAUUAUAAUGAUCAAUUGCGAGAUUUAUUGCAUAUCGAAAAUGUGGAUGUUGAAGAUUUGAAAAAGAUAAUUAAAGAGUUCCGUGACGAUGAAUUGCAUCAUUUGGACACUGCAGUAGAUUAUGAAGCACGAAAGGCACCAUUAUAUAAUUUAUUGUCAACCAUUAUACAUAAUGGAUGCAAGGCUGCAAUUUGGACAGCUAUAAGAAUUUGA